AUGGGAGCUGGUGCGCCCAAUGGCGAUACUCAAAACCAGGGCUAUUUACGCUCGCAACACCCCUAUGUCUACCGGAUCGGCUGGCUCGUCCUCUGGGCGUGGGCCGAAUGUGGCAAAUCGCUAUCCAUCAUAUUCGCGCAAUGGCCUUCGAUGCACGAUCCCAUCAAAUACCUUCUCAACGUCGCCGACCAUCAUGAAGCAGACACACUGACGGAGAAGUGGGUCCAGGGGAAGCUGCAAGAACUCCAGUAUGUUGGAUUAAGUGGUGCUCUGGUGACUGGCACCAUCGCCUCCGCCUUCUCGUGGUUCUCAGUGCCAGAUGAUCCUUGGAGCACACAAGCAUGCUGGACAAGUGCGCUGCUCCUGGGUUUCACAGCCAUAGCCGUCGCGACACAACAGACUAUUGGACUCGCUCGUUUGUGUAGCUGUGAAGAUGGCUGGCUCAAGGUCCGUUGUCUGCUAGGCGAGAAGAAUCCAUUCUACGGAAGCCAGGACAAGCGUCCGUAUUUCAGUCAUCACCGGAUGCAUCGUGAAGACCGAGUGAGGAUGAAGAAGAGUCAACUUUGGAUUUGGCAGACGCCAGUGAUGCUCCUGAACUUCGCCAUAUUGCUGUUUGUUGUUGGUCUCAUGAUAGCCAUCUUUGUGCGGGCGUCGAGAACUCACUGGGACUGGUCGAAGGGCCAGAUACAGAUCGCAAUAUUCUUUGGCUGUGCCGUUUUCUUCUCGGGGACGAACUAUCUGAUCUGCUGGAUAUGCUUGAAUGCAGGAUCAUUACAGUCAGAAUCAGAGCGCAUUGAUACUGUGUACAUCAUCCCGCCAGAAACGGAAGACUACACGGACGCGUUGAUCGAGUUCGUGGACUUGGCGGUGGAUGUGUAUGGCGUUAAACGGGGUGGGGAUGCAGAUAACUACAAAGGCCCGCAAUACGUGCACACCAUCAAAAACGAAGGCAAGAUCUACUCUGCGUGCGGAGAUGGCAAGAUCCCGUUUGUCAGCACGAAGGACAUUGCGGCCGUGGCGUUCAGGGCGCUUACGGACGAGAAAGCGUGGAAUACUGACGUGAGGGUUCUGGGUGGGGAAUUACUGAGUCUGGACGAUGUGGCAGCAAAAUUCACCAAAGCACUAAACAAGCCAGUCGAGCAUGUGAAGCUUUCGGAGAAGGAAAUGGGCAAUUUGUAUAGGGAGACGGGGAUGCCGGGGCAUAUUGCAGAUCUGAUUGCGUGGAUGGAGGCGUACUCGGCGACGGGAGUGGAGGAGAGGAUGAGUGAUACGGUGGAGAAAGUGACGGGAAGGAUGCCGGUGCGGUUUGAGGAGAUGAUUGAGGAGAGUAGGGAGGUUUGGUUGUAG